CUGCAAGAUCGUAAUAGAAACAGACCUCGUAUUUAGCAAGAUAGAACACGCGCGCACACAGAGGGAGAGAAAAAGCAACCUGCUGCGAUCUCUCUCUCUUCACCAUCAAGAUUUAUCUUUUAACCACACAAAACCUCUCUUUUCUGCGCUUUGCUCUGUAAAUCUCAUAAUUUGCCUCCAAGAUUUACUUGUUUGUACAGGUUUCAGGGUUUUAGUUGAUCUGGCAAAAGGGCUUUUCAAUAAUACCUCGAUUUAUUUCCAAAUAAACUUCUUCUUUUGUCAAUUGAGGUAACUCUCCAAGAAUUUCUCCGGAUUCGACGGCUUUAAUGAGGUCUUUGAUUUGAUCGACAUUAGCAAUCCCAUAUUUAAAUUUUAGAGAGAGAGAGAGAGAGAGAUGUUAACGAAUCAUUUGCAAAAUGGAAUGGAGACAGCAAAGCUGAUGUGGGCCCGUCUGCCGAACUCGGAGGUUGAGGCAGAUGGCCCUGGUGCUCAUGACGAGCUCGGCCGGUCCAAAAAGAACGAUGGGAGCAUGGUUGAAAGCCUCGACUAUGAAGUUAUUGAGAAUUUGGCCUACAGACAAGAGCAGGCAAAGAGGGGGAAGCUUUAUAUGGGAUAUAGUGUGGUAGUGAAAUGGAUUUUGGCAUUGCUUAUCGGGAUUGGUACUGCAUUAGCUGCUGUUUGCAUCAAUAUUUCUGUUGAGAAUUUUGCUGGAUGGAAGUACUCGUUGACCUUCAAUAUAAUUCAGAAGUCGUACUUUGUGGGGUUUCUGAUCUAUGCAUCCAUCAACUUGGUUCUAGUUUUAUCUUCUGUAUAUAUUGUUACAAAAUUUGCACCAGCAGCUGCAGGAUCAGGAAUUCCUGAAAUCAAGGGCUAUCUAAAUGGAAUUGACACGCAUGGUAUACUUCUGUUCAGAACAUUAGUAGGAAAGAUUUUUGGUAGCAUAGGGUCUGUGGGAGGUGGCUUGGCUCUUGGUAAAGAAGGUCCACUUGUACAUAUUGGUGCUUGUAUUGCUUCGUUGCUUGGGCAAGGUGGUUCUACAAAAUAUCAUCUGCGCUCCAGAUGGUUACAAAUAUUCACAAGCGAGCGUGAUCGUCGUGAUCUUGUAACCUGUGGAUGUGCAGCAGGCGUUGCUGCUGCUUUUAGAGCUCCUGUGGGUGGUGUAUUGUUUGCACUAGAAGAAGUAACAUCAUGGUGGAGGAGUCAGCUUAUGUGGCGUGUCUUUUUUACAUCUGCCAUUGUUGGAGUUGUUGUACGUACGGCAAUGGGGUGGUGCAAAAGUGGAAAGUGCGGACAUUUCGGCUCUGGAGCAUUUAUUGCUGUAUUUGACUGCACUUUAACCGAGAUUCUUUUUAGUGGUCAAGAAGAUUACUCAUUUCAGGAGUUGUUGCCAAUGGCAGUUAUUGGUGUUAUCGGGGGUCUUCUAGGUGCUCUUUUUAAUCAACUUACUUUCUACAUAGCUCUCUGGCGCCGAAAUUAUUUGCACAAGAGGGGAAAUCGAGUCAAAGUUAUUGAAGUGUGUAUUGUUUCUUUGAUCACCUCAAUAAUUUCAUUUGGAUUGCCACUUUUUAGACAAUGCACCCCUUGCCCUGAAGCGAAUGCUGAUUCUGGUAUUGAAUGUCCUCGUCGCCCGGGAAUGUAUGGGAAUUAUGUCAAUUUUUAUUGUGGUGACAAGGAAUACAACGACCUUGCAACUAUAUUCUUCAACACGCAGGAUGAUGCCAUCAGGAAUUUGUUUAGUGCUAAAACAAUUCAUGAAUUUAGUGCGCAGAGCCUUCUGACCUUUUUGUCACCAGAAGCUUUCUUCAAGCCACCAAUCAGAAUCACCAACAACCAACUAAACCUGAGCUCCUCAAAACUCGGGCCUAGUGACCAGCCGAUAGUGACAACUAUCGAGCUCAACAACAGCUUAGUUUCAAGCACUGAGUUGAUAGUUGACACAUCUUUCAGGCCUGGGACUGAAAGAACACCUUUGCUCACUUUUGGCACUGCUGUUCCGGCAGGUCAAUUUGUUCCUGGCAUAAUGAUUGGUUCAACUUAUGGUCGGCUUGUUGGCAUGUUUGCUGUUAGCUUUUACAAGAAGUUGAAUAUUGAAGAAGGAACAUAUGCCCUCCUAGGAGCUGCAUCAUUUCUUGGUGGCUCGAUGCGGAUGACUGUGUCCCUGUGUGUGAUUAUGGUCGAGAUUUCAAAUAACUUGAAGUUUCUACCUCUUAUCAUGCUUGUCCUCCUCAUAUCAAAGGCUGUGGGUGAUGCUUUUAAUGAAGGCCUGUAUGAGGAGCAGGCUCGACUAAGGGGCAUCCCGUUACUGGAAUCGAGACCAAAAUAUCAAAUGCGUAAUAUGACUGCAAAGGAGGCAUGUGGACAUCAACAGGUCGUCUAUUUUCCUCGUGUUGUGAAGGUUGUGGAUGUACUUUCAAUUUUGAGGAGCAACAACCACAAUGGUUUUCCUGUCAUUGAUCACACAAGAAGUGGAGAAACACUUGUAAUUGGCCUUAUUUUGAGAAGUCAUUUGCUAGUACUUUUGCAGUCAAAGGUCGAUUUUCAGCACAGUCCACUGCCGUUUAAUUCAGGAGAUGGACCCAUGCAAAUCAGGCACAAUCUUACAGAAUUCGUCAAGCCCGUUUCUAGUAAGGGUUUAUCUAUAGAUGACAUCCACCUAACUUCUGAGGACCUGGAAAUGUACAUCGACCUUGCUCCGUUUUUAAAUCCAUCUCCUUAUGUUGUCCCUGAAGAUAUGUCAUUAACAAAGGUCUAUAAUCUAUUCCGGCAAUUAGGGUUGAGGCAUAUACUUGUUGUACCACGUGCUUCUCGUGUGGUUGGGAUGAUUACGAGGAAGGAUUUAUUAAUAGAGGAAAAUGAUGACACAGCGACUUUUGAGCUUCAAUCCACGAGUGUAAGGGAUCCUCACGAUGACAGACGAAGGAAAAUGACAGCUGAACAACCGCUGCUUGAUCGUUUUCUCGUUUAAUAGUGCCCUUUUUAUUGAAGAAGAUGAGUUGAGAUUCUUUGCACCUCCAUCCUCCAGUAAACCUUCCCCCCUUUUUAAUUAACAAGAUCAUUAUUUUUUGUUAUCUCAAGUUCUUCAAUGAAAAUAGGAAUUAUGUCAACAAGUGUUUUGUUUCUUUUACACUUUGUGCCAUGGGAAAAGUUGAAUAUUAGAUAGGGUGAUAUAGGGAUUGGGAAUACGCACACUAAAAAUAAGGCUCCUGUCAUUCUGUAUGAUCAAUUAUUAUAAUGUAUAAAUGAGAUGGCUACUUGCUAGUAUGGGUUAACGAGACUUCUAGGUGUUGAUAUAUUUUUUAUGGGAAAAAUAAUUUCUGUUUAUCUUAAAUAAUAAUAAUAAUAAUAAUA